ACAAAGUCAGAAUGCUCUGAACAGGCAAUUAAAGUGCGCAAAGUGAGGACAAAUCAGAAAAAAUUUUCUUUAUCGCAACCUACUGACAAGGACAUACUAAAUAAAGCACUAGAAGGUCCAAUUUUUGAAGGACAAUCUCAAACAACAGAAGAUGGAACAUUCCCAUAUUUGCCCCGUAGGGCAGACAUAGGCCAACCUUCUGGAGAAAGGAAUGAGUCAAGAAUUGCCCGAAGAAGUAUGGACCCAUGUGAAAUGUAUUCUGACAAAUUGCGCAAACCAGUAACUACUCGCGAACAACUACACAAAGGAGUAGGAGUGGCAAAUUGUGGUGCUGUAUCGAAUUCCAUCAUACCGAAUCGGAUUCAAAAGAGCUCUUCAUUCAACCCAACUCAAGGUGACAAUGAGCGCCACAAUUUAAGGCAGGUCAGCAGAAAAUUCGACACUUCUACCGGUUGCAGUAUUAGCAACAGCAAUCUCAACACCCCAGCCUAUCGAUACGACCCGAUUAGCCUUAGCGACGGUAAUUGCCUGACAAACUGUGAAGAUCCGGCCUCGAGGAUAAUUGUUCGUCGGGAAAGUUCGCAUGCCUCGACGGUAUCAAACAGCUCGAAUACGAUUGUAGCUCUGACUGGGGAACGCCUGCCUCAGCUAGGCACAUCCAGAAGCACUCCGGUUGACAGUAUUAACUCCGACACUGACAACGAUGCAGAAGAGGUACAGAAUGGAGAAUCGCUCCUAAUAAUUCGUGAAACACCUGGACCGUCAUGA